AGGUCACUCGUCAAGUUGGCGACAAGACCUGGGUUUUGGCAAGCCCAAUCCAUGCACCAAGCGGCUCUCAGAUUGAGCGCUUCGCUGCGAUUUUGGGACCACUGGAAGCGAUGAGCCACACCCUCUUCUGGACCGAUGAGGAGGGCAGUGCUGUGUGUUUGGUGGAGCUUCCGCGUGUGCAGCUGCGCUUCGUGCCUGGACCCGAUCCCAACAACCGUGGACUUCGGCUCUUCUCCAAGGAGUUCGGAGGUUUCUACCUUUUGAACCGGAGAGGGGUUUUUGAUCCUGAGGCGCCGGGAAUGAUGCCAAAGGUUGCAUGGCAAGAAGCUACGGGCGAUCCACGUGCGACCGAUCUUGCCGCGUUUUUGGCCAAGAUGCCCCAUGCAGUGGUCUUGAGAAGUGCUGCUGGUGCUAUCCGAAUCCUUGUGACCAGUGCUGACGUCACAAGGCCGAACAUCAAAUGCAAGCCCUUCUCAACAGAUUUGGUGGUGAACCGAAAGAUCUUAGUUGCGCUGAGUGGCAAGACUUUCCUUUGGGACUUCCAUGAAUCUGGAUCUCUAUUGCUGACGUCCUCGCUGAGUGGCACACUCUACUUGAGCCUGUUGACCCUGCUGCACCGUGACUACACCGCUUGCGCAAGACUGAUUGGCUCGGUGGGCUUUGAUGAAGGUAUUUCAGCCGAAGAGUUCCGCCUUUUGAAGAUGACCCUUUUUUCAACCAUGAAAGACCGACAUCCGGAUGCUUCAGCUUUGCGCUUGAAGCUGGUGUUGGCUCUUAUUGCGCACAAUCCAAAGCACCCUCUCCUGGACCCAGUGACAUGGCUAUGGACAUUCUCUGGGGUCCGUGCUCUUGUUGAGCGAGCCUGA